CGAGCGGUUCCCAAUCCCGUCCCGUCGCUGGGGAGGCCGGCGAGCAGCUGCCGGGGAAGGCGGGCGGGCGGGCGGGCGCCGAGGGAUGGAGGGAGCUGCCCGGCGGGGCCGGCGCGGCGUCGUCGUCGCGGCGUUGCUGCGGAGUCCUCCCCGCUGAUGCUGCGAGGCGCGGCCGGCUGUGCAGCGGCGCGGGCAGGGGCUCCUCCUCCUCCUCCUCCUCGUCGUCGUCGUGGUCCCCCCUCGCCCUCCCGCUCGCCAUGGGGCACCCCCCGCUGGAGUUCAGCGCCUGCUACCUGGACAGCCCGGACUUCCGCGAGCGGCUCAAGUGCUACGAGCAGGAGCUGGAGCGCACCAACAAGUUCCUCAAGGAGGUCAUCCGCGACGGCAACGCGCUCAUCGGCGCCCUCAAGGUGUAUUCCUUGGCUGUGCAGAAAUUCUCUCAGACGCUUCAGUCCUUUCAGUUUGACUUUAUUGGAGACACGCUGACAGAUGAUGAGAUCAAUAUUGCUGAAUCCUUUAAAGAGUUUGCUGAGCUGCUCCAGGAGGUGGAGCUGGAGAGGUCGAUGAUGGUGCAGAAUGCGAGUGAUUUGCUGAUCAAGCCUCUGGAAAACUUCCGGAAGGAGCAAAUAGGACUCACCAAAGAACGGAAAAAGAAAUUUGAGAAGGACGGGGAGAAAUUUUACUCCAUGCUGGAUCGCCACCUGAAUUUAUCUUCAAAGAAGAAGGAAGCCCAGCUGCAAGAGGCUGACCUGCAGGUGGAUAAGGAACAACAUGUUUUCUUUGAAUCUUCCCUGGAAUACGUGUACCAAAUCCAAGAAGUGCAGGAAAGCAAGAAGUUCUGCAUCGUGGAGCCUGUGUUGGCUUUUCUUCACAGCCUCUUUACCUACAACAACCUGACGGUUGAGCUGACUCAGGAUUUCCUCCCGUACAAGCAGCAGCUCCAGCUCAGCUUGCAGAACACAAGGAAUCAUUUCACCAGUACGCGGGAAGGGUUAGAAGACCUCAAGAAAAGGAUGAAGGAAGCUCCCUUGACCUGCAAGCUGCUGGGGCAGCCAACCAUAGAAGGCUAUCUGUAUAUGCAAGAAAAAUGGGCGCUGGGUGUCUCAUGGAUGAAGUACUACUGCCAGUAUGAGAAGGAACACAGGAUGUUAAGGAUGACGCCCAUGGAACAGAAGCCCGGGUCGAAGCAAGGUACCUUACAGUUUGUGCUGAAGUCCUGUGUGAGGCGGAAGACAGACUCCAUCGACAAGAGAUUUUGCUUUGAUAUUGAGACAAUGGAAAGGCCUGGGGCCAUCACCUUGCAAGCUCUUUCAGAAGCCAACAGACGUCUCUGGAUGGAGGCCAUGGAUGGCAAAGAGCCGAUCUACCACAGUCCUAUCACGAAGCAGGAGGAAAUGGAGCUGAAUGAAGUUGGCUUCAGAUUUGUCCGGAAAUGCAUCAACGCUGUCGAGACCAAAGGGGUUACAACCGAAGGUGUGUAUCGAACGGUGGGCAGCAACAUCCAGGUCCAAAAGCUCUUGAAUGCCUUCUUCGAUCCCAAGUGCCCAGGGGACGUGGACCUCCAGAACAGUGACUGGGACAUCAAGACUGUUGCCAGCGCUUUGAAAUUCUACCUCAGGAACCUCUCUGAACCUGUCAUGACAUACAAACUUCACAAGGAAUUGGUCUCAGCUGCCAAAUCUGAGAACCUGGACUACAGGCUGGGCGCCAUUCAUUCUCUGGUCUAUAAACUCCCUGACAAGAACCGGGAGAUGCUGGAACUUCUCAUCAGGCAUCUCGUCCACGUGUGUGCACAUAGCAGGGAGAACCUGAUGACUCCAUCCAACAUGGCAGUGGUGUUUGGUCCCACACUCAUGCGGGCUCAGGAGGACACGGUUGCAGCCAUGAUGAACAUCAAGUUCCAAAACAUUGUGGUGGAGAUCCUCAUAGAGCAUUUUGACAAGAUAUAUUCCGGGCCCCCUGAGGAUAAUGCUGCACCCCCAGUGCCUCCCCCACGGGUGGCCACUCGGAGGCACAAGCCCAUCACCAUUUCCAAGCGCCCAUUAAGGGAGCGGCCCAUCUUCUUCGGAGCGUCUGUGGAAGAGAAUGAAGCAGGUGGCCGCCUCGGCACAACUCCCAAUGGCUCAGUCACACCCGGUUGCUACCCCGAAGCUCCUAGGCCGCUCCAGCGCAGCAGGCUGCCUGCACAGAGGGCGGGAGAGCUCGACCCUGGGAAGGCCGGUCCAGAAGGCAAGCCUGACCAGUGUGCGGAGGUGGAUGUAGGAAGGCUGGUGUCCAGGCUGCAGGACGGGGGAACUAAGUUCACCAGCAAAGCUGCCAAUGGCAUUGUGCCGGGCACUGCCUCCCUAAAGGCGUCUGUUGCCCACACAAAGAGGCCGGCUCCGAGACCCGGAGUUUGUGGCAAGGAGGCGUUAGGGGAUUACGAAGGCUUUGCCAGAGUGCGGUCUCCUGGAGAGAAACCGACCAUCACGCGUCCUCCAGUGAGACCCCCAGACCCUCCCUGCAAAGCGCCUCCCCUUCAGAAGCUGGAGCCGAAGGCAGAGGUGUCGAGCGGAGGAGGGCCAGGAGAAGUGCUCCCCUCGGUAGUGGCUUCCAGAACAAAGUUCUUUGAGACGGCCUCCUUCAGGACAGGAAGUUCCUCAUCGCCUCAAGGCAGGCUCCCAAGUGACGAAAGCUGAGAGGCUACAAAGGGCUGACCCUGGCUGGUUCCAGAGAGACGGCCCACAAGAGCCAGCAUCCGCUCUCUUCCUUCCCAGCAUGUGUGCUGUGCUGUCCAGAUCAGCUUUUUGCAGGAUUGUGACGUACCAUCGUGAAUUGUCCGCAUCAUCUGAAGAGAAGGAUACAUUGCCACGGAAGACCAGAUCUCCCCCGUGCCCUUAAUUUAAGAGCCCAACCCCUGGUUCCUCCUCCCCUUGCUCCCCUGCCUCUGAGCUCUGACCGUUGCCGGUGGCCACAGAACAUAUCUUGUUUUUCCGUCUGCCAUCUGAAGGCUGACUGGACGUGGCAUCGCUAGUGGCUAGUGGGCAGUGGAUGGGUUUGGAGCCAAUAAACGCAGCCCCUUUUGCAGCCUUUUCCUUAGGGGCCAUCAGAGGAUUGUGGUGGGCCUCCACCCAGACUCUGCCUUGGAACAUUUCCUGCUGGUGAUAAAGCUGGACUAUGAGGAAGGUUUGAGGCGCUGCUUAAACAAACAGAAGUGGCGUGUGUGUGUGUGUGUGUGUGUUCUCAGUCCGCUGCAACAAGACCUGCCUGUGCUGUUGGAAGAAAUGCGGAAAAAUUCCCUGCCCAGAUGGUUGCCUCGGCCCACUCAUCCUUGGUGCUCUGCCUCAUUCAGCAAGCAAAUAGUCUGUGGGAGCCGAGCUUAGUGAUUCCUUUUGUAAAUACCUUGUGGGAAUUGGAAGACUUUUAAGGACACAGAUUUCUCCUCGGCAGUAAGAACAGCCGCGGGAUCUUACCAAAAGAGUCGUUUGCGCAUCCCUUAGACGGCGCUUCCCGUGAAGUCCAAAGCGCCUCCCCAUGACUUCCUCUGGCUCUUGCGCAGGGCCUCAUUCCGUGCCUCCCGAGGCGGCUCUCUACCCUCGGAGCUGUCCAACCCGCAUUGGGCCAGAGACUGGGCAGGACUGCCAGCCAGGGCAGGCGAGAGACUCUCUGGGGGCCACGGGGAGCCCUUUUGCGGUCCUGCGGGCACAAUAAACUCUGCCGUGGAUGUUUUCCCUGGACUGGGGUGGGGUGGGGGAUGGAGUGGCUUCAGCAGAGUCCGUGGCAGCUCCUUGCCAAGAAUCACUGUUGCCAUCGCUUCCUUGUGGACUGCCACGUUCUGCUUCUCUGCAGCAUGCGUAAAGCUCUCCUUUGGAUUCCAGUGCUUAGAUGAUGUGGGCUCACACUGCAACAUGUGCGGUUUCCUGGGACCAAAACAGAAAAAGUCUCCAUGCCUAAUAGCGUGCAAGGAAGGCAACACUGUGCCAGCAGAGAUCCUGGUCUUCUGCGUCCCUUCUCUGCCACCUCUCUGUGCCGCAUGCCUUGGUGACAUAAAUAAUUUUCUCCUUGCUGUUCCAGUCUCUGCACUUUGAACCUGGUGUCCUGUGCGCUUGUGUGCCCUCGCCUAGACAGUGGCGCACACUGGGGGGGGGGGGAUGAGACAUAUGCUUGCCAUUUGCCUUUGCGUGAUAUCAGUGCUUCUGCACACUUGGGCUGAGAGGAGUUGCUGCCCAAUAAGAGACUG